AUGUCUCCGCCUCGUCCGACGCGAUCCAGAGGAUCCCGUCCACCGACGCUGCAUCGCAGCAGCAGCAAUUGCAAAGACAAAAACCACGCGAGUCAACGAGGCUGGUCAAACUGGAGAGGUAGUAGAAAUACUACCCUCACCCUUCACGAAAUAUCAACAAAUAAUGCAACAUUCCCUGGGGCCGCCUGGACCCUAUCCGCACCCACCGCCCUGGCUAUUAUUGCCCUACGAGUUAUCCGACGUAUUGGCGAUAACCCAAACUCCACUGGCAUCGCUAUCCUCAACUCGGAGUCUGUGUUGCAAUAUACAGGUCAUGCUAUUGACCUUUUUGCUGAAAAUACAACUACUGGAGCCAUUUGCGUUGGGGUUCGCCCAACUACUCAAUUGCAGGGCUCACGGCUAUUGCCACCGUGA